CGCUCACUUUGUUUGCUGAGCCACAAAACAAAGAAAAAGGAAAAAACCAAUCAAUUAGGCAAUGGCGGGAAACGACUGGGUGAACAGCUACUUGGAGGCGAUCCUCGACGUCGGACCUGGACUCGACGACGCCAAGUCGUCUCUGCUUCUCAGGGAACGAGGUCGUUUUAGUCCCACUCGCUACUUCGUCGAGGAGGUCAUCACCGGUUACGAUGAGACCGAUCUCCAUCGCUCCUGGGUCCGAGCUGCGGCGACGAGGAGUCCACAGGAGAGGAACACAAGGUUGGAGAAUAUGUGCUGGAGGAUUUGGAAUUUGGCUCGCAAGAAGAAGCAGCUUGAGGGAGAGGAAGCACAGCGUGUGGCCAAGCGUCGUCUCGAACGAGAAAGGGGUCGCAAAGAAGCAACAGCUGAUAUGUCAGAAGACUUAUCAGAAGGAGAGAAAGGAGAUGUAUUAGGUGACAUAUCAGCUCAUGGUGAUAUCCCCAAAGGAAGAAUGAAAAGAAUCAAUUCUGUUGAUGUGAUGGAGAACUGGGCUAAGCAGCAGAAGGAAAAGAAGUUCUACAUUGUGUUAAUAAGCCUUCAUGGCUUGAUACGUGGUGAAAACAUGGAGCUCGGUCGUGAUUCUGAUACAGGCGGCCAGGUCAAGUAUGUAGUUGAACUUGCGAGGGCCUUAGGUACAAUGCCAGGAGUUUAUAGGGUUGAUUUACUGACAAGACAAGUAUCAGCGCCAGAUGUGGAUUGGACUUACGGUGAACCAACAGAAAUGCUGAAUCCACAUAUGUCUGAUACUUCAGGGCUUGGCGAGAGUAGUGGGGCUUAUAUAAUUCGUAUACCAUUUGGACCAAAGGAUAAAUACAUCCAAAAAGAACAUCUUUGGCCUCACAUUCCUGAAUUUGUUGAUGGUGCACUUAAUCACAUUACACAAAUGUCCAGGGUUUUGGGUGAGCAAAUUGGUGGUGGGCAACCAGUCUGGCCUGUAGCAAUUCAUGGACAUUAUGCAGAUGCAGGUGACUCUGCUGCUCUUCUGUCUGGAGCCUUAAAUGUGCCAAUGGUUUUUACUGGUCACUCUCUUGGACGAGACAAGCUUGAACAAAUUUUAAAACAAGGGCGUCAAUCAAAAGAGGAAAUAAAUGUGACAUAUAAAAUAAUGCGGCGGAUUGAAGCUGAGGAACUAUCUCUUGAUGUGUCUGAAAUUGUCAUAACCAGCACUAGACAAGAGAUUGAAGAGCAAUGGCGUUUGUAUGAUGGUUUUGAUCCAAUACUAGAACGCAAAUUGAGAGCAAGAAUCAAAAGGGGUGUUAGUUGUCAUGGCAGAUUUAUGCCUCGCAUGGUUGUAAUUCCACCUGGAAUGGAAUUCCAUCAUAUUGUUCCUCAUGAUGGUGACAUCGAUGGUGAAGUGGAAAGAAAUGAAGAUGGUCCUGCUCCUCCAAUUUGGGCUGAGAUUAUGCGAUUCUUUUCCAAUCCACGGAAGCCUAUGAUACUUGCACUUGCAAGGCCAGAUCCUAAAAAAAAUAUUACGACAUUGGUCAAAGCAUUUGGAGAGUGCCGCCCACUGAGAGAGCUAGCUAAUCUUACUCUAAUAAUGGGAAACCGUGAUAAUAUUGAUGAAAUGUCUGGAACAAAUGCCUCUGUGCUUCUUGCAAUUCUUAAGAUGAUUGAUAAAUAUGAUCUUUAUGGUCAAGUGGCAUAUCCUAAACACCACAGACAGGCUGAUGUGCCUAGCAUCUAUCGUCUAGCAGCAAAAACAAAGGGUGUUUUCAUCAAUCCAGCUUUCAUUGAGCCAUUCGGACUUACAUUAAUUGAGGCUGCAGCUUAUGGUUUACCUAUGGUAGCCACAAAGAAUGGAGGUCCUGUUGAUAUUCAUAGGGUUCUUGACAACGGUCUACUAGUUGACCCCCAUGAUCAGCAAUCAAUAGCCGAUGCCCUGCUGAAGCUUGUUUCAGAUAAGCACCUCUGGGCCAGAUGUAGGCUGAACGGAUUGAAAAAUAUUCACCUCUUCUCAUGGCCAGAGCACUGUAAGACAUACUUAUCUCGGGUUGCCAGUUGCAAACCGAGGCAGCCUCAAUGGCAAAGCAGUGAUUCUCAAGCUGAUAAUUCGGGAUCAGAUUCACCAAGUGAUUCCUUGAGAGAUAUACAAGAUUUAUCUUUGAACUUGAAGCUUUCAUUGGAUGGUGAUAAAAAUGAAGGGAGUGCUACAGUUGACAAUGCUUUAGAUACUGAAGAUGCUUUGGAUGAAAAGAACAGAGUAGAGAAAGCUGCCUUAACAUUGUCAAAGGGUGUUUUAGGGGGCACUCAAAAGGCUGGGUCCUCAGAGAAAGAAGAUAGAAGUUCUAGCACCAAUAAAUUUCCAUCAUUCAAGAAGAGGAAGAAUAUAUUUGUUAUUGCUGUGGAUUCUGAUGCAACCUCAAAUUAUAUUGAGAUUAUAGAGAAGAUUGCUGAGGCUGUAAAGAAAGAAAGAGAUUCAGGGUCCAUUGGAUUCAUAUUGUCAACAGCCUUAAGCAUAUCUGAAAUUUACCCUCUUCUGACCAAAGGAGGCUUUAGCCCAUCAGACUUUGAUGGUUUUAUCUGUAGCAGUGGUAGUGAGCUCUACUACCCAUCUUCAAACUCUGAGGAUAGUCCUUCUGGGCUUCCCUUUGUGGUAGACUUAGACUACCGUUCACACACUGAAUACCGUUGGGGUGGAGAAGGUUUGAGAAAGACAUUGGUUCGCUGGGCUUCUUCUGUCAAUGAUAAAAAGGGAGAACAAGGAAAAAUUGUUUCAGAAGAUGAAUCGGGAUCAACUGCACAUUGCUUUGCAUUUAAAGUGAAAGACUUGGCACUGAUUCCACCAGUUAAGGAACUAAGGAAACUGACUAGAAUUCAGGCUCUUCGGUGCCAUCUUGUAUAUAGUCAAAAUGGUACAAAGCUAAAUGUCAUUCCUGUGUUGGCUUCUAGAGCUCAAGCCCUCAGGUACUUGUAUAUCCGUUGGGGCAUGGAUCUGUCAAAAGUUGUGGUCUUUGUGGGAGAAUGUGGUGACACAGAUUAUGAAGGAUUGCUUGGUGGGAUUCACAAGACUGUGAUAUUGAAGGGAGUUGCCACCGAGGCUCGUAAACUUCAUGCCAACAGGAAUUAUCCUUUAGAAGAUGUUAUUUCAUUUGACAUGCCCAAUUUUGCACAAGUUGAAGGUUUCAAAAGCAAUGACAUAAGAACAUCAUUGGGAAAACUAGGAAUUCUUAAGGGGUAGAAAUCGCAGCAUGUCAGCAUAACUUUCCUGCAUUGGACCUUUAAUCUCUCAUUGAUUAUCUGGCUAUCUUGUACAGAAUAAUGUCCUGUCUAAACUUCUCAUUUCGGAAACUUGUAUUGGUGUUGAGCCAAAUGGGAAUUGGAUGUUGCUUUUCCUUGAACCUUUCAUUUUCUUUCUCAUGUUUCAUAUCUGAAGCAAUCACUCUUAUACACCCCUCUGUUCAAGUUCAUUUUCCUCCUCUUAUCUUCUUUGCUUGUGCCAAUAAUCUGCUUAGGGAGCACCAUCAGAGUCCAGCAUGCCUUUGAUUACGCAGGAGUAUACCUCGUACACAAACAAAUUAUGUAAUUUUAAUUUUGUAGUUUUAUUGGGUAAAUGAAAGGAUGCUGUUCUUUAGGGUCAUAAAAUAGUAGCUUGACUGUUGUUACAUUUUCUGUAAAUGGUUCUUUGAUGGAACCUAGAAAUGAUAUUUGGCGCGGACACCUUGGUCACCAAAUGGAUAUGACAUGCAUAUCUUUGUUGUUUUA